AUGAAAGUAAUGAAAUGAUGGCGCCUCUUUUGGUUUCAGUGGUGUAAUGAAGUUGUGUAUUAUAAAUUAUAGAAUUUAAUGUUGUUUGUUGGAUUGUUAUGUUUUUAUUCUAUCUGGAUUGUCACACCUUACCCCCCAAAUUGGAACAAACCGAAACAAAAACUUCCACCACGGAGAGAAAACAGCACAGACAUAAAAAUGAUUAGUACUUUCCGUUGACGGGAGCUGUCCAGAGGAGGGAGAAGUUAGCCUUUUGUUUGUUCUCAGGUCGAUCAGGCUGAAGUAAUAAUUCCUGCUUGUCUCCAUGGUAAAGUGCUGCACAGUGGGACCUGUGAUGCGAUGCUGCCACGCUCCCUUCCUCCUACCACCCCUCCCUCCCUCGCUCCCUCCCUCUCUCCCAUCCUCCCAGCCUUCCUUCCCUUCCCCUCCCUCCCACCCACCCUUCCUUCCUUCCUUCCAUGCUUCCUUCCCUCCCACCCUCCCUCCAGGAGCUCUGUUAAUAGAUGACAGGCAGGGCUGAUGAUAGUUAUUUUCUCCAGUCAGCCAUCUUGACAGGAUGCUGAGGGAGGCUGUGGCCUUUCUCUGAACCAACGGGAGAUGAAGGCAAUCCAGCCUGCUGGAUGAUUGUGACCUAUAACUAAGUUUAGCGCCUGCUGUUGACUAGAUGGCUGUUUUCUAGAGGAUUGGAAGGCCCUCAUUUAUUUUGUGCAAUGUUAGGUGUGAGCCACACAAUGAUUUUACUUUAAAUCUGCUCUGUAUGUGUCAAGGAUUAUGUUGCAAAUCAUUGAGGUGUGACAAAACUUUAAUUGUACCAUAAAAUCGUUGUGUUCUUGGAGAAUAAUUAUCUGAAGUGACUUCAGCUCAGCAAGUUUUACUGAAUGCCUGUAAUUAUUUUGAUUGUAGCCUACAGGCAUUCAGAAAUCAUAGAUACUUUUUUAUUUUCCCAUCACUAUGGGGGCUGCGGUAGCCUUGAGGGUAGAGAAGCGGGCCAGCAACUGGAAGGUUGGCAGUUCAAAUCCCACUGCUGACAAGGGCAAAACUCUGGUGGGAGUAAGCUAGCAACUGGAGGGUUGCUGGCAUCGAUGUCACAGGUGACACCUACUGCUGACGUUCCCUUGAGCAAGGAACUUAUGUGUUGGAUAAAAAGCAGAGGACACAUUUCCAUCCUGUAUGGACUAAUAAAGCUAAGCAGAAUAAGGGCCUACAGUUGGGACUCUACAAAACACUGUUGGCAAUGAAAGAGACCAUUGCUCUCCAAGGCUGCAUCUGCUGCAGAGCCACAAGCGCUGUUCCUAGUUCAAGAUGUUGUUCCCAAGGCUGGUUGAGGACAAUAACCAACACAGCAGAAUAUGAAGCCCAUUAUGAAUUAUUUAGAAACUGCUAGUUUCAAGUUAAUCUGGGAGGGCUCUUUAACGUUUGUUUUUAAUUGACAGACAUUUUACCAUUCAAUUUACAGAGAUAGUAAAGUUUAUAAUGAUGGCUAGGCACAUGGCCUACUUCAGGAAGGAUCAGACAAGCCAAUCUAUCAAUCCAGUCAUUACAAAAAAUCAACAAUCGUUGAGUGCAAAAACAAACAUGUACCAAGGCUGUAGAAGAUGCUAUCAUUCACUAUUGUCACGAAUGUCUGUAGAAUGCGGUAGGCCAGAGUCAAGCGCAGGACACAGAAUGAAAAUGAAGAUCCACUUUACUGAAUAGUAAAGAAAAUACAAACAAAACCUCCACACAAGGGAGGAGCAAACCCGCUCACAAAUGACACUCGUACAAGCAACAAACGCACACACCACACAGUGGACGUGAACAGGUUAAAUAGGGAAGACCAAAUAACAUAAUAGGGAACAGGUGUGCAACAACAGACAACAAUUAGAUGAACAUAGAAACAUAAAACAUAGAGCGGCAGCAGCUAGUACUCUGGUGACGACGAACGCCGAAGCCUGCCCGAGCCAGAAGGAAGGGCAGUCUCGGCAGAAUCCGUGACAACUAUGCUGAACUUAGACCCUUAGCGUAUUGUGAGACUAAAGCCAGAGUGUUGUGGUUUAUGUCCCUGUCAGGUGCAUCAGUACUAUGGUUCUCUACCUGAGGACAGGGUGCCGUAUGUGAACAGCCCAGGAGAAAAGCAUCGCAUCAAACAGCUGAUUCACCAGCUGCCCCCACACGACAACGAGGUGACACACUAGUUUACCUGAUACUCUGUGUCUAGUGACCUUUGACACAUUCACGCAGCGAUGUCUGAUAUUUUUGAUAUGGGUGAAAAAAUUGUGUGUUGGUUUGGUCGUCAGGUCCGAUACUGCAACACGCUGGACGACGAGGAGAAGAGGGAGCUCAAGCUCUUCAGUAACCAGAGAAAGAGGGACAACCUGGGAAGAGGCAACGUCCGCCCCUUCCCGCUGUCCAUCAGUGGAGCCAUCUGCGAACAGGUACUCACUGCUGACACAAAACAAACAUCACAUAAAUCCUACAGCACAAAGAGCAGAUACAUAGAGGGCACCACUAGGGGAUGGUGCAAAUGGGAUAAAAUCCAUGCUACAGCAAAUCUAAUUUAUAUUUGAAAAUAAAGUCAGCUUGCUACUCAGAUCUGUUCUUCACAUUUAGAAACAUUGGAUUAUUCAUAUCGAAACUGGCUUCUCUCUCCCCCUCCGUCUCUCUCUCCCCUUCCCUCUCUCUCCCCCUCCUUCUCUCUCCCCCUCCUCUUCUCUCCCCCUCCUUCUUCCUUCCCCCUCUGUACAUGUAUUUUCUCUGACUCUUACUUUCUAACUCUUUCCAUCUAUUUAUAUCUUGCCCCCUCUUCCUCUCUUCCCUGCCUCCCUUCCUUCUCUCUCUCUCUCUCUCUCUCUCUCUCUCUCUCUCUCUCUCUCUCUCUCUCUCUCUCUCUCUCUCUCUCUCUCUCAGUGUGGGGGCCAGAUAAAUGGACGAGACAUUGUGGUGUUUGCAUCGCGGGCAGGCCACGGCCUGGUGUGGCACCCUCACUGCUUCGUGUGCUGCAUGUGCGAGGAGCUCCUGGUGGACCUCAUCUACUUCCACCAAGAAGGGAAGAUCUACUGCGGCCGGCACCAUGCCGAGAGGCUCAAACCCCGCUGCUGUGCCUGCGAUGAAGUAAGCCCGCCUGAGCUUAGAGGAAUGGGGUGGUGGGGUGGUCGGCUGGGUUAGCUAGAGCUCAGGGUGAGAUGGGGUUUAGGGGGUAUGGAGUGUUGAGGAGUCUCACCUUCCACAUCUCAGUUAUCCAGCUCUGAGGAAGUCUUGCUGGGUUUGACUAAGUCAUUUUUCUGCUAAUUCUAACAUGUGUGUGAUCUUAACUUGGUAAGAAUCUGUCUCUGCUUGGUGUGUAUCUCUCACCCUCUCUAGUGGUCUAUGGUUUGACAGUCUGUUCUCUGUCUCUCCUGCAUAUUAUAUUUAAUUAUCUUUGCUGAUGAUUUUGGUCUCUCUCUAUUUGCUUUAGAUUCUCUUUGCUGAUGAUUGUGAUAUAUGGUCUGUCUCUCUCACUCUCUCUCUCACUCUCACUAUCUCUCUCUCUCUCUCUCUCUCUCUCUCUCUCUCUCUCUCUCUCUUUCUCGUUCUCUGCUUUAGAUUAUCUUUGCUGAUGAAUGCACGGAGGCGGAGGGCAGGCAUUGGCACAUGAAGCACUUCUGCUGCUAUGAGUGUGAGGCUCCGCUGGGCGGCCAGCGCUACAUUAUGAAGGAUGGACGUCCACACUGCUGCAACUGCUUUGAGUCCCUCUACGCAGAGUACUGCGACGCCUGCGGUGAACACAUAGGUAAAUGGUUCUAGAUGUUUCCUGAACAUGAUGUAUACAUACACUGAGUGUACAAAACAUUAGGAACUCAUUCCAUGACAUAGACUGCCCAGGUGUAUCCAGGUGAAAGCUAUGAUCCCUUAUUGAUGUCACUUCAAUCAGUUUAUUUCCUAUUCUCCUUUGUAAUUAUCAGAUUGUAUGUUUAAUAAAAAAAUCAUGUAACGAUGCUAUGUUCUUCAAAACUCGCCUGCUCAUCUAUCUUUACCUCUAUGUAACUGCUACUCUCUUCCUCCAUCUCUCUAAGUCUCUCUUGUUGACUUUAUAUCCAUCCCUGGUUUCCUUUUUACCAUUUCUUAUUCCCUUGACCUAUUUUUCUCCCUUUCUCACUCUCUGUAGCUAGGUUUCCAUCCAAUUGGUGACAGAUUUUAAUGUGAAUAUUCUAAAAUCCGCAUAUAGAAAAUAAGCGCAUUUUCCCACCAGUGGUGUUUCCACCCAACAGACUUGUGAAUAGAAAAUAGUGCGUGAUGACAUAGUGCACACAAAAUGCACUUUUUCACUUACGUUUUUAUGUACCGAAUACAAAUCUAAAGUUCAAUAUGUAUCCAUCACAUUUUCAACUCUACCAAUAGUUUUAUUAUGGAGAAUAUUUGUCAAAUAGCAGUCAAGCAUCAAUCAUCAUGUCACCAGAAUAAGACCCUUGAUACUUAUUGAAAGGAGCAUCAAGAUCACUGUGCACUUUCAACACUCUGUGAAGUUCAUCAUAACUUAUUUCAUCUGUAACCUGAUAAACUGCAUGACUUUACUUGCAUAAAAAGAAUGGAUGGAAACGCGCUUAGUCUCUCCUUUUACAUGUAUCUUGCCCCCUGUUUUCUAGUCUCUAUGACUGUGUUGUUCCCACAUACCAUCAGUCUCCCUUUGUCUCUCUCUGUGUCUCUACCUCCAUCUCUCCAUGUUUCAACUGAUUUCAUUAACAUGUUUUACCAGUGACGAUAACCUAAUGGAGCCAUUCAAAAAACCUGUGGUCGUUAAGUGCGAACAGUCAUAAAAUCUGAGAUAGAAAUCAAUAGCUUCAAUUAUUCAUGACUAAAGCAUAUAACCGGAAAAAAAUACAUUACAUACCAAAUUACUGUAAAAGUCAUUUGUAUAGCAGUUGUCAGUCGAUAGCAGAACAGAACAGAAAACUACGACCCCUGUGCAGCACACAGCUGUGCUAAGACAUGGCUGGCUAGGGAAAUGAAGGUGGUUAUUAUCUGCUGCCCAGGAUUCAGUUAGACAGAGGGAAACUGUGAACCAUUCAGACCCAGAGGACGCCAUGUUGUGUCCAGAUGGAGCCUGUGAAAGAUGAUUAGUUCCCUUUGUUUAGGAGGAGGGCCUCCAAUAAAUGUAUUUUUAGUGAGUUAUUUAUUGAGUUAUUAUACAGACAGCAUAAUCGCAGUUUUGGGUAAAAUCACAAUAUCAACCUUCUGGGAAAUAAAACACAGUGUUUGUGCUAUAUUUAAUUUCUUCUUCCAGUAAAUAUCAUUAAAAUAUUUUGUAGGCUCAUGUUUUACAGAUUAGCUGGGACUCUGAGCAGGCUCUUCAGAGACUGUGUGCUUGGCUCAGCUCAUUACUGAGGAAUGUUACAGUCUCUCACUGUAGAUAAUGGGUUUCAGCCAGUCAGUUAGACUGACGGUAAUGCUACUGAUAUACCGUAUGCCAGUAUUCUUUCAUCCAAAGUUCAAGCCUCCAAUUUUCUGUGAUCAUUAAGACUCAUUUUGUGAUAUCCCGACACUGACACCUUAUUAGUAGUAAGUAUUAUUUCUAAUUCUAAUGCCAGGAUCUAAUCCUCUCCCCAGGCAUUGACCAGGGCCAAAUGACGUAUGACGGGCAGCAUUGGCAUGCCACAGAGGAGUGUUUCUGCUGUGCCCGCUGUAAACGCUCCCUCCUGGGGCGACCCUUUCUGCCCAAACAGGGACAGAUCUACUGCUCACGCUCCUGCAGCGCCGGACAGGUGAACAAUCAGCAUUUAACUGACUGUUCUGGUGACACUUGUAUGUGUGUUUUCUAUGUAUUUAAAUUAUGUAAUCAAUUCCAUCAAUCAGGACCCAGAUGAAUCCGACUCCUCGGACUCGGCCUUCCAGAGUGCCCGCUCCCGUGAGUCCCGCCACAGCACCAAGAUCAUAAAACAGGAUCACCGAAAUGCCGAGCAGGAGCGUCGCCAGCCAGCGCCCAUGCCUGACCGUCUGUCUGUCGAGGUGGACCCCCUGUCUAUCCAUAUGGACCGUCUGAGCCUUGGCUCCAGCCAGACACCCAGUCGAACAUCCAGCCGAACCCCCAGUCGCACCCCCAGCCGCACCCCUAGUCUCAACCAGGUGUGGAUGAGCCGGGACGAAACUUACCCCCCAGCAUAUGAGGCAGCCUAUGAGGGCUCCCCGCGGGACCCCUCUCCAACCCCCACGCCCCUGCUCCUGGGCCCGUGUAACCCCAGGCAGGGCUACAGCCCCAGCCCCAAACCCCACCCUCCAACCCAGAGCUCUGGCAACCCAGGGAAGAGGCCAGAGUCCUGGGUUAAAGAGCAGGGCAACACCAAGCGGACGCCCAUGGCGGCAUUGAGGGGCCAAUCCUUCCAGGACAACUGGAUCCACCACAGCCAGGACGAGUUCCGGCCACCCAAGCUAAAGACCCAGAUGAGCUUUAACGAGGUGUCCAGCCAAGGCCAGGGCUUCUCAGACAAAAGGAGCAUCAGCAUGCAUGGCUUCCAGAGGGACAGCAGGCCCCCCCUAACCAGGAACGCCAUGAGCAAUGGCAUUAGCUUCACAGAGCCCCUCACCCCUCUGGAACAAACCCCCCGAGGAUCCAUGGAGUCUCUGGCCCUGUCCAACGCUACAGGUACUGUACCCUGUCACCUGAGUUUAGAAGAUAGACAGUAGAUAUGUUGUAAUAUGAUAAUAUGGCUAAUGAUAAUUUAUUACCUGAUUGGGAGCAUAAAUAUGUCUAUGUAUCUGUCUAUGUAUCUUUCCCAGGUAACUCUCUGGACGGAGUCAGUAAGCGUCAGGAGCACCUGUCCAGGUUCUCCAUGCCAGACCUUAGUAAGGACUCUGGGAUGAAUGUGUCUGAGAAGAGCAACAUGGGGACACUGGGUUCCCCUGUCCAGUUCCACAGCUCUGAGUCCCUGACCUCCUCUCGGCCAUACAGGAACCUGAAUGCGCCCGUGCAGCUGGGGUACCCCCUGGGGUACUGGGAUGCCCCCCAGCCCUUGGCCUUUGAAGGUAAAGGUCAUGUGGGCCUGAUGGGGAGUAGUGGCAACCUCCGCAUGCCUCCCAUGAGUGAAAGGACACCUCGUCGGCGGCCCAAUGAGCCAGAGCUCAUACGGCAACAACAACCACCAACGCAACCACGGCGACGCAAACACCGCGGCAACGGUAAUGAUGGAAAUGGCAACCACCGCAGCAGCGGUCGCCACCACAGGCGCUCUCGACGCUCACGCUCUGACAACGCCCUCCACCUGGCGGCCGACCGGGCAAAUCACAUGAUGGAACCACCGCACCGUCGCGUUCAGGAGGACUACGACCGUUUCCCCGCUGGCCGCACCACCCGGGACCUGUUUGGGGUGGGGGGCAUGGGCGGAUACAGACAGCAGCCUUAUAGACCCUGCCCCCGCACCACCUCAGACCUCACCCUGCACAAUGCAGCGGGAGGCGGGAGGAUGCAGCCGCUGGGCCUGGGGGGGCCAUACUGGGGUGGUGAGGGGUACGGGGAGGGGGCAGACCCCUGGUUCUCCAGCUGCUCCUCAUCCUCUGAGUCUGAGGAAGAUGAGGGGUACUUCCUGGGUGAGCCCAUCCCCAGACCUGUCCAGCUACGCUACCUCAACAAUGAGGAGCUGCGCCACAGAUACAGCCCUACAGGGGUGGGAGGGAUGGGGGGCCACCAUGGACCCCUACAUGGACCCCUACAUGGACCCCUACAUGGACCCCUACAUGGACCCCUACAUGGAGGAAACCACGGGCAGCUGCACGGACAGCUACACAUGCGCCAGAGGAGGAAGAGCAAGAACUGCAUCAUCUCAUAG